AUGGACAUUAAAUUAUUGAAUAAAAAAAUUUUUUUUCGAUACUUGAAUAAAAGAUUCUACAUAAAUAAGGCUGAAGAAAUCGUGAAAGAAAAAAGUUCAAAUACGAGAAAAAAUAAAUUUAAAAAUAUAUACAUAGAUUUUUCUCUAAAUAAAUAUGUAAACAUAAAUAGUUUAAAUGUUGAAAGAUUUAUUAAAACUCCAAUUCAUUAUCAAAAAUAUAAAGAGUUAGUUGACACUAUAAAAUGUGUUAGUAAUGUUAGAUUACAAAAUAUACAUUUAAUAAGAAAAAUAGUAAAUUCUUUAGAACUUUAUAUUAUAAAUUAUUUAAAUAGUAUAAAUUAUUUCAAUGAUUUAAAAGAUUUUGAAGAAAAUUUUUAUGAAGUUGAUAAUGAUAAUGCUAUAACCAUUAAUAGUGUAAUAACUAUUUUAGUAAGUCUCUAUAAGUUGAAAUAUAGAAAUGAAGAAUUUUUAAAAUUGUUAGAAAAAUAUAUUUUCAUUAAUAAGAAUAAGCUCAAAAUAUCUCAGAUGCACCUAAUAUUGUAUAUAUAUUCGUAUUUUAAUAGGAUAAAUAAAACUUUUAUAAAUUCCAUACUGUUAAUGAUCUUAAAUAACAUUAACUCAUUAAACUCAUAUAAUAUACUAAAUAUUUUUACUUCUUUAUUUUAUUUAAAUUGUAAAAAUGAAAAAACAUUAUAUAUUUUAACUAACUAUAUUAUUUCAAACAAAUUGAACUUUGACAUUAAUAUUAUAAUUUACAUUCUAAAUAAUUUAAAAAAGCUAAAUUAUUCGAAUACAAAUCUUAUGGAAUACUUUCAUGAUCAAAUAAUUUUAAAACUAGAUUUUUUAAAUGUUGAAAAGAAUGUACAAUAUGUUGACUCCUUUUUUUUAAAAAAGAAUAUUCAAAAUAUCAUUGAUAAAGAAAACGAGGAAAUCAAUAUAUAUGAAAAUGAAAAUAAGGAAUACAAAAAUAUACAUAAGAAUAACAGUGAAAUAAAAAAAUGUACAGUGAGUUAUGAUAAAAAUACAUUAAAUAAUUUAAAUAUUGGAGGAUAUAAUCAUAACUUUUCUGAUAAAAAUAUAGAUACAUAUGGUUCUUUGCAUAACAAAUAUAUUAUUGAAAAUAAUUACGUAGAUUAUAUAUAUGAAUAUUAUAAUAAUAAAGAUAUUAUUGAUAAAAAUAAAAGUAAAAUAAAUUUGUUAAUGGAGGUUUUAAUAUAUUAUAAAUAUUAUAAGGAGGACUUAUUAAAUGUUUUAUAUUCUCAUUUGUUAAAAAAUUUAAAGAAAUACGAUAAAGAAAAUGUUUAUCAUAUCCUUUCUAAUAUUUAUGAUUUUGAAAUAGAUCACUUAACAUCUAUUCAUUCUUUAAAUAAGAAGCUGUUAUUAAAUUUGUGUCAUUAUUAUGUUCCAUUUUAUAAUAAGUGUAACAUAAUUAUCUUUUUAUUUUUAAAAUUAAUUCUACAAAAACAUAAUUAUUUCAACACUUUUGUUGAUAAAAUAUUAUUGCAUAAAAUAAACACAGACAUUCUUAAUCUAAGGAAUAAUGAGAUUUUAAACUUAUUAAAUGAAUUUAAAAAUUCUAAUAUCAAUAAAUAUCUAUGUGAUAUUUCUUUAAUUUAUUUUGAUUUUUUCAAAUUACAACAAGUAACAACUUGCAAAUCAAAAGAAAAUAAUAACUGUAACAAUAAAAGUAUUGAUGUUGAUAAUAAUGAUGGUUUAAUAAGAAGAAUAAAAAAUUCAUCAGAAAAUUUGUCUAAUUAUAUAGAGGAUAAAUCAUUUUGCAAAGAAAAAAAAAUAUACAUAUUUGAAUUUAAUGAAAAAAAUAGAUUAAAUUCUUGUGAUACGCAAUUUUUAUUACAGUUAUUUUUCUUUUAUAUUGAAGCUAAAUAUUAUGAAGGAAUAUUUUUAUUUUUAAAAAAUUUAUUUUUUGAUUUAAAAGAUUUCAAAAGUUUUGAUCCAUUUUUAUUUUACAAAAUUAAUAAUUAUUGUUUUGAUUUAGAAAAAAUCAUGAAUUUAGAAGAAAUGAAAAAAAUUACUAUUUACAAUAAAUUUAAUGCCUUACAAUUCUUAAAUAUUUACGAAUAUUUUAAGAAUUCAUUUGAUUCUUACGAGUAUUUUAUUUGUAAACAGGAUGAAUUAGUUAGUUGCAAUCACAAAAGAUCUAUGUAUUAUUUUUAUUUAUACAAUAUAAUUUCUAUUAAUGAAAAUGAUAAUGAUAAUUUUGGUGAAAAAGAAAAUAAAGAUAGUUCAAUCAAUUUAAUUAAAAGGGAAAAUAAAAACGAUUUUAUCAAUGAUGAAAAAAAAGAAUGUAAUCAAAUUAUGAAUAAAUAUGUGAAAACAAACUCACGAAUAAAUUAUAUUAGUUGUUAUAACAAAAUUUCUAAUAAAUAUAAAGAAUAUAAUCACAAUCACAAAACUGAAGAUAAUGAAAGAAAUAGUAGUAUUGAUAUUACUUAUAAGAAUAAAAAAUGUGAUAAUUUUUUAGAAAAAAAUUCAAACCAAAAAAAUUUUUUUAAUUGCAAUAACAAAGAAAAUUUAAAUACUAAUAAAUCGUUACAAUUUGAAAGAAAUACUUUUGAGACAAACAUAUAUAUUUAUAACAUUUUAAACAACGUUUACAUAUAUACACCAGUUGAUUUAUUUGCAAUUUACAUUAAUUAUUAUAAUUCAAAUAACUUUUUCUUUUUAUUGGAAAAUAUUGUUUUUAAGAUAAAUUACAUUAACACCAAUUACUUGUCUUUAGUUCUUUCUAAAAUUUUUACAUUAUUAAAUAAGGAAAAUUGUAAUAAAACAAAAGAAAAAUACAUCCUAUUUUUCAAUUUUUUUCAUGAUUAUUUAUUAGGUGAAGAAAAGGAUUUCAAUGAAUGUUCACACUUAAUAAAAAAUAAGGAAGAAAUAAAAAAUGAUUAUAAUUUUAAUAAUAAUGAAAAGAGAAUGAUUAUUGAUGUUAUAUAUAAAAAUUGUAUUAGCAAAUAUGAUGAGAUAAAAACAAAAAAACGUAUUGCAUAUAUAUUACAUCAUAACAAUUAUGUUAGUUAUGCUAAUAAUGAUAUAAUUUUUAAUGAAACUUUUUUAAGUACAUUUAAUCAAUUUAUUUUAAAAAAAAAAUAUCAUUUUACAUGUUUAUUAUACAAUAUGACAAAUGAAAGCUUAUUUCUAAUUUUGAAAUCUUUAAGAAUAAAAAAGAAAAAUUCAAAGUAUAUGAAUAGUAUAGAAAUAAUAACAAAUAUAUUUAUAUUAAGAUACAUUCAUUGUAUUUAUUCUGACCAAACAGAUAAUAUAAAUUCAUUAAAAAGAAAUAAUUCUAACCAUAUAAAUAAUUAUGAUGAUGAAAAAUUAAAUAUAAAAGAUAUAAAAAAAUUAUCUGUUAACUUAAGAUUAUCAUUAAAUAAUGUAAAUGGAAAAAAAGAUGAUAAACAAAUAAAUACUAAUAAUAAAAAUAUAAAUAACACAGAAAAGAAAAAUAGAAAUUGUAAUAAAAAAGAAGAAUAUGAUAAUACUACAGAAUAUAAUAAUAACAUAGAUAGUGAAAAAGAGUGUAAAAGUGAAGUGUCAUCUUUUAUAAAAAAUUUUAUUCAAAUAUAUUAUACAAUUAUAAAAAUUAGAUAUUUUCACGAAAUGCCCAUAAACAAACAUAUAAUUCGUGAGUUAUGCAUUAAUAUUAAUUAUGUUGAUAAUAAUAAAUUUUUAAGACUACUUUUUUAUAUAUAUAAGUAUAAAUUUGAUGAAAUAAAAUAUUUAUUAAUGCUACAAAAAAAAUGUUUUUUAUAUAAAGAUUUAUAUUACACUCAUUCUAAUUACAGAAUUAUAGAAUUCCUUUGUAAAAAACUAAAAAUUAAUAUAGAUGAAAAUAUUAGAACUACACCAACUAAAUUAACGUCAUAUGAUUAUGAAAAAUAA